AUGAACUUAUUUUUAAAAUUUGUAUUAAUUCUCUCAAGUUACGCUAAAUUAUUAAAUAUAUCUUACAAAAUCUUGGGGUAAAAUAAUUUAUUAUCAUAAUAAAGGUGCCUUGAUAUUGAAAGAGGAGAAAUAUUGUGGUUUGUAGAUGGCAAUUUUAACAAUAAAAUAAAUUAUGGUUUUUUGGAAUUAGGUUUGUGGGAGCGGUAAUUCUGAUAACAUGAGAAUUAAAAGUGGAUUUGAUAAGAUUCGAUUGAAGAUUAAUAAGGAUAGGUGAUUGAGUAUUAUAAGUUCAAAAGAUUUCCCUAAUUUUUUUAGCAUGAUUUACUCAAAAUUAAAGAUGCAAAAUUUAUCAAUCGUUUUUAAUGUAAUUUUGAAAGGUAUUGUAGUAAGAAUAAUUGGAGGAGGAAACUAUAAGUAUAAUGGGAAAAAAAUUGAUUUUUGGAAGGAAUUAUUCGAAAAUCUUUCUGAGUAGCAUUUAAUUAAACUUGUAAUAAG